UCUGUCGAGUGGCGUUCGAUUGUGAGGUAGUAGCCCAGUAGAACCAACCGUGAUCUGUGCGAAAAGGAAGAUGCGCGUAUUUGGAGUUGCAGUUGCGUGUGUGGCGUUGAUCGGUGCCUCGGUGCUAGCGGAAGCACCACUGCCCGGUGGUUUCCCCGGUGGAAACGGUAACGGCGGAUAUGGUGGUGGCGGCAACGGUCACAGCAACUUCGGUGGCGGAAAUGGCGGUGGAUUCGGCGGCAAUGGUGGUGGUGGUGGUGGCGUACUGUUACAGAAACCGGUGGGCCAGCAGACGUCCGAGGGUUUGAUGGUUGAUCAGCAGCUGCUGGAACAGGUCAAGAUGGUGCUGCUGCAGCACGAACAGGAAUCGGCCUCACAGAACGGUGGCUCCAACUCGGGCCCCAGCACCUCGUACGGUCCGCCGCGUGGUGGUAUGGAGCGGAUCGUGGGCCUGAUGCUGGAGCAACCCGUCCAGAGCAUUCCACUUGCCGAGUACUGGCAGGGCGAUCAGCAGCCACCGAGCAACAGCUACGGACCACCGAGUGGGUCCUACGGUGUACCGCAAUAGACUCCAAUAGACCUUGAACCGCGUAGUGAAUGAACAGAGGAUCGCAGCACCCAAUCGCGUAGAAAAUCUAGAAAGAAAGAAAAAAUGCAGAGGGGAAAAAAAUCGAAAAAAUAAAUAGAAAAUUUGU